GCCAACAACCCUGAAAAUGCUAGUACUGCUGCAAUCAAGCGCGAAGAAAUCGUCUGCAUCCUGCGCCCACCAACCGAGACGGGCGGCGAAUAUCUGAUCUACGCCCUGUCCGAGGGAUCAACGUCGGAUGACGGCAAACCGUUCAGCCUUCGUGUGGUGCCCACUGGGCAGCUGCCAGACGACCUGUCCGCGUUUUUGCUGGAUCAAGAUGCCGUUCCGCCCUCCCACCUGCGACUCCCGCACCAGGUCCACGUCGUGGUGUCCACCCAUUCCGGGCUCCGGCGGGCCCCGGAUUUCUUCGAGAACGUGCUGCGCCCGCUGCUGGGCGCCCUCGGACUGAAGCAGGGCGACGGGGACGGGGCUGGGUACCGGGUGACCGUGACGCAGGAUGCCAACACCGUCCGGAAUCUCGCCCGCGAGCUGGCGCGCGACGUCCACGCGGGGGAGAAGACGGUCGUCCUACUCAGCGGCGACGGCGGGGUGGUUGAUCUCCUGAACGGGCUGGACCGCGCGGCGGCCGCAGCACCGUCGCCGUCGCCCUCGGCGUCAUCAUCAUCAACCGCCGCGCCACCGACGAUAGCGCUGCUUCCCCUGGGCACGGGCAACGCCCUGUUCCACUCGCUGCACAAGCCCCAGUAUGCCGGCACCAACCCGCCCUCCCCGCUCGUCCUGGCCCUCCGGACCUUCCUCGCCGGCCGCCCGGCCCCGCUGCCCGUCUUCCGCGCUUCCUUCUCCCCCGGCGCCAGGCUCCAACCAGCUCCAACCCCCCACCAUCGGGAUGGGGAUGAGGAUGAAAACGAGGCAGCAGUGCCGCACCUCCUCGGCGCCAUCGUCGCUUCAUACGGCUUCCACGCCAGCCUGGUCUGGGAGAGCGACACGCCGGCCUACCGCGCCCACGGCGCUCGGCGGUUUGGCAUGGCCGCGGCCGCGCUGCUCGAGGAGGCGCAUGGGUAUCGCGCUCGAGUGGAGGUGAGAAGGCAGGGGGAGGGAGAGGGGAGGUGGGCGGUGCUCAGGCCUGGUGGUGGGGGUGGUGGUGGUGGUGGUGAUCGCAACCCGGGCGGUGGUGAUGGGCAGCAGCGGUUCGGCUACGUGCUGGCGACGCUGGUGUCGAGUCUGGAGCAGACGUUCACCAUCUCGCCGGCGAGCCGGCCGCUGGACGGGCGGCUGCGGCUGGUGCACUUCGGCGCCGUCGGCGGGGCCAGGACGAUGGAGAUCAUGACGGCCGCGUACCGCGACGGGGCGCACGUGGGUAUGGACGAGGUCGGCUACGAGGAGGUUGACGAGGUGCGCGUCACGGUCGACGAGGAGGCGCCGCGGUGGCGGAAGAUGUGCGUGGAUGGCACCAUCGUCGAGGUCGAGCGCGGCGGGUGGAUGAGCGUGCGCCGGGAGGGCAGGGUGUGGUUGAGGGUCUUGGUC